AUGCCCAUCUCCUCCCGCCGCUGCGGCAUGAUCACCAAGCGGGAGGCGGAGCGGCUCUGCAAGUCCUUCCUGGGCGAGCACAAGCCGCCCAAGCUGCCCGAGAACUUCGCCUUCGACGUGGUGCAUGAGUGCGCCUGGGGCUCGCGGGGCAGCUUCAUCCCGGCGCGCUACAACAGCUCCCGCGCCAAGUGCAUCAAGUGCAGCUACUGCAGCAUGUACUUCUCCCCCAACAAGUUCAUCUUCCACUCGCACCGCACCCCGGACUCCAAGUACACGCAGCCCGACGCCGCCAACUUCAACUCGUGGCGCCGCCACCUUAAGCUCAGCGACAAGACGGCCACGGAGGAGCUGUCGCACGCCUGGGAGGAUGUCAAGGCCAUGUUCAACGGCGGCACCCGCAAGCGGACCUUCUCCCUGCAAGGCGCCCCCGCCGCCGGCCCCGGCGGAGGCUCGCCGGCGGCCAAGGCCUCGCUGCACCCGCCGCCGCCCGCCGGCCCCGAGCUGGCCCCUGCUCACAAGAGCCUGCGCUGCAGCGGGCAGGAGCCGGCGGGCGAGCGCGGAGCGCUGGGGCUGCCCACGGCGCACGGCGGGGCGGCGGGGGCGCACGGCGGGGCGGGCGCGGUGCGGAGCUACCCGGUAAUCCCGGUGCCCAGCAAGGGUUUCGGCAUGCUGCAGAAGCUGCCGCCGCCGCUCUUCCCCCACCCGUACGGCUUUCCGGCCGCCGCUUUCGGACUGUGCCCCAAGAAGCAGGAGGACGCGCUGGGAGGCGCGGGCGGCGGCGAGCCGGGCAAGGGCGGCGCGUUGCCGUCGGGGAUGUUCUGGGGGCCGCCGCACCCGCACCCGCACCAACCGGCGCAGCCGCCCCACCAGCCCGGCGCCGCCAAGGACGGCGGCGUCUACCCGUCCUUCCCCAUGUUCUGGCCGGCCGCCGGCAGCCUGCCCGUGCCGCCCUACCCGGCGCAAAGCCAGGCCAAGGCGGCGGCCACGGCCGUCGUGGUGGCGGCGGCGGCCGCGGCGGCGGCGGCGGCGGCCGAGCCGUCGGGGCUGGCGGGGCGGCACGGCGAGCCGGAGGGCUCGGAGCCGUCGGGCAGCGGGCGGAGCAGCGCCACGCCGCAGGAAGGCUCCGGGGCCGACGGCGAGCGCUGCUCCAGCGCGCUGUCGAGGGCGGCCGGCGAGGAGGAGCGCUCCGGGGACGAAGCGCUGCUCGGCCCGCUGCCCCUGCCCAGGAAGGGCAGCUACCUGUCCGCCUUCCGCCCGGUGGUGAAGGACACCGAGAGCAUCGCCAAGCUCUACGGCACCCGCGAGGCGUAUGGCGGCGGCGGCGCGGCCGCCCGCGGGCCCGGCUACCUUUCCCCAGACUUCCUCAGCGAGGGCAGCUCCAGCUACCGCUCGCUCUCCCCCGGGGGGGACACGGCCGAGGAGCCCGAGGUGGACGUGGAGUCCAACCGCUUCCCGGAGGACGACGACGAGGAAGCCGCUGCCGCCGCCUCCACCGCGGCUCCGGAGGAGCGGGAGCCGCCGCCGCCCCGGCUGCUGGCCGGGCCCGAGGAGCCGCUGCCCGCCGCCACCGACGGGCCCGAGGAGAAAGCGAGCGAGGCGGCGGCGGAGGAGGGCGGCCAGCCCCCCGACGGCAGCCCCGAGCGGAGCAGCAGCGGCAGCGCCUACGAGGUGUACGCGCCGGAGCGGGGGGAGCAGCACCUGCAGCCGCUGAAGACCGCCGCCUCCCUGGGAGCCUCGGCCGCUUACCUGUGCACCCCCGAGGCCAAGGAGCAAGAUAAAGAAGACAAUCACUCGACGGCAGAGGAUUUAGAGACCAGAAAAUCCUAUCAGGACCAAAGGAACGUCUCGCAUCCCAGCCCUGUAAAUACCGACAGAGGAGAGGACGGCCUCGGCAUGGACGUGGCGGGGACGCAGCUGGUGGAAAAGGACAUCGAAAACUUGGCCCGAGACGAGUUGCAAAAACUGGUCCUGGAGCAAAUGGAGUUGAGGAAGAAGCUGGAGAGGGACUUCCAGAGCCUGAAAGACAACUUCCAGGACCAGAUGAAGCGGGAGCUGGCGUACCGCGAGGAGAUGGUGCAGCAGCUCCAGAUCGUCCGAG